GCAUGGAAGAAGAUUUGGAAAAGAAACAAGCUGUGAGAAGUACCUAAUUUAUGGCAAAAGUUAGCACAUAGAGAAGAUAUAUAGCAGGACCUUAACCAGCCAAGAUGCCCAUCCGUGUGGAUCAAAUGAUGCAACUGCUUUGCCGCGUUGCUCAGGAGAAGGAAAUGAAAGCUGCUGUGAAGCACUCUUUUCGAGGAGGGAUAGUGACUAUUACAACUGCCUUUGCUGGGGGUUUGCUUGGAGGUCCACCUGGGCUUGCUGUAGGAGGAGCCCUCGGUGGACUGCUUGGUGCCUGGAUGAACAGCACAAAAUUCAAGCCAGUCCCUCAGAUUUUAAGGCAAUUGCCUCCUGCCGAGCAGCAGAAACUCUACAUUGAAGCCAUUGCUGUACUCCAGAGUUUAGACUGGUCUGAUUUUGCUCGACUAACUGCUGUUGUAAUGAAUAGUCAUCUUCUGCAGCUGCAGUUGGCUAAACUACUGGAAAAUUACUUUACCAGAGAGCAGAGUGCAGUGAUAAAGUACGGAGCAUAAAGCUUUUCAGAGCAGAUUUAUACGUUGUAGGGAAUUUUACUCUGACAGUUGUGAUUCUUCAGUGUGUUAAUUAUUAGCAUUAGUAUUGUCAUUGUAGCUUUUGUUUCUCAACUGAUUCUGAAUAUCCUCUGUCUUCAUUAAAAUAUUCCUUAGAAGCAUCA